AUGGCAUCGACAGUGAUUUCAGUGGCUAGUUUCGAUAUAAAAAAGUUGAAAACUUAUUAUUUGAAGGUCGACAUGGAAUUCGACAAUCGGAAGAACGCCGCGCUGGCGAUUCUCAAUAAAUUAUGCAGAGACUUUUUGAAGGUCGCCGAGCAAUUUGGCGGGUGUCUAGCCCUCCCCCGACGCGAUUUUUGCACAAUUUUGGUGAUUUUAUCGCCGGAAUUUAUGAAAAAUGAGAAAAUUAUCGAUUUUCUGGAAAAACAGCAUUUGACAAUUAAGCUGGAAUGCGAGUGUGACUCAUCGGUUAUCGAGGAAUCCCUCCCAUUCGCUGUUUUUUGGUUUAUGGAGAGAGUAAAAUGGUUUCGGAUCGGCGACUGCUUCGUUCAGGACGGUUUUCUAUGGUGGAAACAGACAAAUUUGCCGAGAAUUCAAAUCAAGACGCAUUGCUCUGAAACUGGCAAUAUAUACAUAAAAUUCACCGCGGAACACAUCAGAAUCCACCCUUUUGAGCACUGGAUUCUCGAUGCCGAUGAACGAUUUUCCGAUUUGACCAGCGGUCCGAUUACCCGCCAAAUCCGUCCGAGAUGGGUGACUUGUCUGCCGAAAUUAGGAAAAGGACAAAUUGUGAAAAUUCAUCGGAAAAUUCCGGAAGACGCGCCGUUUGAGAAUUAUGAACAGAUGAUGUCGUAUUGGAAGAAAUCGUACGGCUACGACCUUCCCCCCACGGAACCAGAAGUCUACUACGAUAUUCUAUUCCAUAAUGGUCAAACAAUGCUCUAUCCGUUGUAUUGUGUCCUGACGGGACCCCCAGACGUCCUUCCACUUCGAUCCAAUUCGAAAGUCGCCAAAGAGUCGUUGGAGACGUUUUUGAGAGCGUUUAGAGAGGCAGAUAUUGAGAUUUUGGGGCAGAAAUUUAAUGCGGGCACCGAACAAGACUGCCAAGCGGCCAAAUGUUAUAUGGAAGUGAUGUCAAUGCGUCCGAAUUCGAAACUUCCAAAAGAGGAGAAGGUCGUCCGAAAGAAUUCCGAAGAAAUGCCACAAAUUCGUAAAAUUUAUCCAAAAAUUCCGAUUGGAGUGAAACGAUCCAUCUCCUCCUCGACGGAACCGCCCGUUAAGAGAGAACGACGCGGUUUUUCGAUUCCUGUUGAAUAA